UUGAAAAUUUAAAUAGAAAUACCCUUUUUACGUGGAUGCUGCUGGAACAAUGAGGUUCCGAUACCAGUACCCGACGAUGCCCCGCGAGGCGUACGGCCGCGUCGUGACCAAGGCCCCGCCGAACGUCGUGCGCACUCCGGACUACGAUGAGAUGUUUGGCAUGCUGAACGUGCCUCACACCUCUGGCAAGAUCCUCAGGUACCCUGGACCCUCGCGGCCUCGAGGCGGGCCCACCUUCAUGGUACCUCCUCAACGAGACAGAUUCGAAGCCCUGAAGAAGCUGAUCCGACAGGAGCACGUGCGUGAACUGCAGAGGAAGUACGAGACUGAACAGAAGCAGGAGCUCAAGGAGAUCACGGCUGGGCGCGGAGGUGACGACUAUGCGUACGGCAACUACGGCGAGCAGGAGCCCCGCGGGCUGCAGUCUCUUCAGGUGGAGUACCCGGCAGACGAGCCCAACGCCAGGCAGCAUAACAAGAAGCCCCAAGCUGGAAGCCGCCAAGUCUCCCAGUUCUCUCGCUAUUCUGACGUCAUGCUGCCGCCAGUCCGCCGCACCUUCUACCACCCCUACUAUGACUACAUUACCCCCGACUUCGUCCCCUACUACUGAACCCCUCUCAUCCCCUAGAGGAACCCUUCUGGAAUCAGGGACUCUCCCAAUCAACAAGAAAGCAUAUCGGUACCAUAUCCCCGCUUCUGCUUACGAGUCGUCGAGCCGCGAGCUUUUUUCUAUAACGGCAAUAUGUAUUUUUAUAUUUGUAAAACCAAUUUUUUCUAUGUAGAUAUUCGAUAUACCCCCUUGAAUUUUUCUAGUAUGUAAAUUAAUCUUUCUUGAGACAAUAAUCGUAUACAAUUCGAGCAAUUAUGACAUGAACUGUCAAUUCCAGAUAAAUGUUAACGAAUUUGACAAUAAAUUUGACAAAAUUGGACAAUAAAAUACGGUGUAUUACCAUUUGAUGUUUGUAGUGAUAAGGUGUAAAAUGAUUAUACCGUGGUAACGGGUUUUAGGAUUUAAAAUGGCGGUUUAUAAUCCGCUGUCAGCUUCUUUCUUCUGAAGUUUUCGACGUAAGCGCAAAUAUAUUUAAAAUUAAUAAUUCUCUGGGAUAGUUCUUUUAUAAAUCUCUGAGGUGUCGCCCUAGAACGAGCCCCAACCUUUCACUUCUUGUAGAUAUAUAAUUUAAGUGAUUAUUGUUAAGUUUAUUAAUAAAUGUCAUACGUAUAUAAUUUGUGUACUUAAUUUUAAUGCUAUUAUUAGAAAACUUUGGCACGAUAGAUAGAUGUUCUUGGUUAAAAAUAAAGUGUGGGAAUUACCGCCCUCUAUCGGGCGAUUGUCUACAACUGACGGGUGAAGUGACGUCAUAUGACCGUCUAUUAUCGUGCUGUGGUAUUUGGUUCCCUUUGAAGUAGUGUCAAAGUGACAAUAAUGUUUUUAACUGCAGUAAACUGUAGUUUUUCAUCGAUAUACAUAAUUAUCGUUGUGAUUAGCUGCUAAGUUACCAUUACUGACUGUUACUCUUAUUCCAACGGCCAACGGGACGGCUUAGUCGAUUUCGGCGGUGCAAGGUUUUUCGGGUCUCAAUCAAAAACAUAAAGUUGAGCUCGCACAACCGAAUUCCGACGGAAAAAUGCUUUAACUAUGUUUAAAUGUUUCACGUUUAUUGUAUUAGAAUAAUUAUUAAGCGUAAAAACGCAGCUUAUACUCAUAUUCUAUUGGAUUAUAGUCGUAGGUGUGAACACAGCCUAACUCGGGAAGACUUAGUGCUGCCACUAGGAAAAAAUCAAAAAAAUACCAUGAUAAAAACAGUUGAAUACGUAGCAAAGAAUAUCACAGAAUUUAAUAAAAAUAACAACUUAUAAUAAUAAUGUGUGUUAGCAUUAAUGUGGUGAUAAUCUUUUUAUCAGUUAAUGUGAUCAGAUUCUUCAAUUUUAAAUUACUUUUUCCAAAAGAUGACAAAAGUAAUAGAACAGAUUAAAAAGUGGCGUUGCACUGAAGGGAAGGUUGUUAUUCUAAGAAAGUUGUUACCUAUUUGUGUACUAUAUUUAUUAUUGUAACUAAUCAACUAUCGACUAAAUAUCGACAAGAUGGGUCGACAUAACCUCACAGACUAUGAAAUUUGGCUUUAAAAUUAUAUUACACAUUAUAUGGCUUUAAGCAAGUCAAUGAAUUCAGUAAACUUCUAUUUAUUAAAGGACGCGAGUCCCAUCCUAUAUGUUACGAUUAGCGAGAUAUCUAUACAUAUUUUUAUUUAUAUAUAAUUUUCUAACAAUAUUCUGUAGAAUUUACAAAUUAUUUUAUUGUCUUUUAAAGAUCACUAAACGUUAGGUAGUUAGUGGAUAUUACAUAAUACAUUUAGUAGUUUAUGAAAGCGUAUUGCAAUUAAAAUAGGUGUUUGAUUAUUGGAAUAUAAUAUGGAACAUGUCAUUAAGUGUAGUUUCAAUAUAACAUAUCUUUGUGUAACAGAGGAAAAGUAUUUAUCAUAUCGAUAACAUAUUAUGCGGAAAAUUAUUCGAUAAAAAACUAUCGAAUGAUUAGGUAAUCCGUAAAAAACUACUGUAUUGGUAUCAUUUUCAAAAGCUUGCAACACUGAAUUCCGUUUUCUGAAUUUAAAUUUAAAGUGCAUUCCAUAGUUUAUAGUGCAACUUUAACGUAUAAAAUAUUCAACUUAACAUUAACUUUAUUGAAUUGAUGUGAAGCGGCGGGAUCUUUGACAAUAAAUAAAUAAAUACGACAAUAAAUAAAUAAAUUCGACCUAUAUCUGUGUAGUGUGGUCGCGUCGCUAUAACCUAGGUAUACAAGUAACGUACCCAUAGUAGUUAAUGUUUUAAAAUGUAUAUUAAUUGGUGGUUUUUUUGAAAAUAAAGAUAGUUACCUACUCCUGAGCAGAA